AUGUUCCUCACGCUCGCCCUCGCCGGCCUUGCCGCGGCGUCUCCUGCGCCGCUUCGUCGUGAUAGCAUCAGCGCGCUUGGAACGUCCACAAUCAACAGCUUCACACCCUACAGCUACUUCGCCUCCGCAGGGUACUGUGCACCCGCUGCGACGCUCGCCUGGAACUGCGGCACCAACUGCGACAACAACCCAGGCUUCAAGCCAAUCGCGUCGGGCGGGAACGGUGACUCGGUGCAGUACUGGUACGUCGGGUACGACCCGGCCCUCAACGAGAUCAUCGUCGCCCACCAAGGGACGAACCCGAGCAAGUUCGAGUCGCUCCUCACUGAUGGCGAGUUCGUGCUCGAGCAACUGAACGACAAUUCGAUCCUGUUCCCGGGCCUCCCCGACUCGAUCGAGACUCACGACGGAUUCAAGAAGGCGCAGGCUGACACCGCAGCAGACGUCCUCGCUGCUGUGCAGGAAGGCAUGUCCCAGUACAGCACCAACGCCGUCACGCUCGUCGGGCACUCCCUCGGCGCCGCCAUCGCGCUCAUCGACUCGGUCUACCUCCCGCUGCACCUGCCCGCGAGCACGUCGUUCAAGACAUACAACUACGGCCUCCCGCGCGUGGGUAACCAAGCGUUCGCGGACUAUGUCGACGCAAACGUCCACCUCACGCACAUCAACAACGAGGAGGACCCGAUUCCCAUUGUCCCCGGCAGGUUCCUUGGAUUCGUGCAUCCCGCUGGCGAAGUGCACAUUGAGGACUCGGGCAAGUGGGCGAGCUGCCCUGGCCAGGAUAACGACAGUGGCGAAUGCAUCGUCGGCGACGUGGGCAAUAUCUUCGAUGGCGACCUCGACAACCACAGUGGCCCCUACAACGGCGUCACGAUGGGGUGCUGA